AUGGACGCCCUGUUGUUUUCAGAGCUGCUGAAAGAAGAAUCGGUAAUAGAUAUGAUAAAUAUGGAAGAAUACAGAUAUUAUCUUUAUACCAUUGCCCAAAGUCCCGAAGAGUCCCUUCUCCAGGAUGUUAAAGAUUCAGUGGGAUCUCACAUUCAACCUAGAACAACACUAACCACGUACUUUGACUCCGCUGACUAUCCAAAGAAUGGGCCAAUCAUUGUGUCCGAGAUAGUUUCACCUCUAAGAACAACAACAGUACUAUGGCGAUCCCACCCCUGUCAUGACAGUGGUGUUGGCCCAGAAGACAGGCUGUUCAAAGUUUAUCCCAAGUCCCAUAGGAUUGAAUCUGAGCAAAAGUUAAGGGAGAGUGGUAUCUGUGCGGAUAUCAUCCACAUCCAUGCCAACCAGGUACUUAUUACACAUGGGGGUCUUUGGAUAAAAGAGCAAAGGUUUUUAGAGGAGAGCAUUGGCUUGCAUAUUAAUAUGCACAGUUUGCUUUUUAUUACACUGGCUUGUGGCGCCUCCCAUUUCCUGUCUCAACACCAAUCUCUCAGCAAAGAAGGUUUAGAAGAGCUCCAGAAGUUCAUUACAGAACUCAGUGAUCUAACUAAGCUAAUUCUUUCCACUGAUUAUAGCUCUGCUGAGGACCCUAGGACGGCAUUCCUUACCAUGGGAAGAGAUUUAGAUCCACAGAAAUGGUUUCUUUAUGCACACUACUGGCAGGCGCAGAACUCAAUUCGCGAUUUUGUGCAUAGCGCCAUCAAAUGCAUCCUCUCUAGAUUCCCCCUGAUGCCUCUGUCAGAGGUGUAUCUAAUCCCUUCCCUGUUACAUAACAAAUACCCAGCAAUUAUAAAUGCUGCAUUGCAAUGGUCUAGGCUCAUGGCCAACUCAGAGAAUAGACCAGCUCUCAGUGGGACUAAGACACACAUAGUAUCAUUCAUAGAUCCAGAGAACAAAAUAUUUCUAGUAUUUAACCUGUCAAUAGCUCCCAUUCCAUACCACAUACCCCUAUUCACCAGGGUCAGGGUUCUCAGUCCCUUGGCCUUCAAAGGUAUCCGCAAGCAGUGUCUUCUUAAUCAAUGA